AUGAGUAUAACAUCAUUAUCAUCUAAAAUGGGUAGAACAGGAAUGCAAAAACAAAUCUGGUCCUUAUUCUUCCGUCUAUUCAUUAUUUUUUUAUAUCUUUUGUUAGGAACAGGACUACUUUGUAUUCUUGUGAACUCGAAUAAUGAAUCUCAUAACGAUGUAUUUUUUAAAAUAAUGGAUUCUGAAAGAAGAGAAUUAUUGAAUGUUUUGUGGUCUGAAUCAUUAGCACAAUCUGAACAUAGUUGGUCAAUUAUAGCCAAUCAAAAAUUAGAUAAUUAUGAAAAAGCAUUAAAAACAGCUAUUGUAUCACAGUAUGGUAUUGAUGUUAAUAAUAAAAAAGGAUUAGCAAAUAAAGCGAAUGGAGCAUUAACAUUAAUAAUGACUUUAAACGAUUUUGGUGAACCAUAUGAUAUGUUUAUUGCAUAUAUAUGUUUGAUUUUAUAUAUUUUUGGUGGUGUUGUACUUUUUCAUAUAUAUCUAGAAAAAUUUGUUGAAAUUAUUAAUGAAUUAUCUUUUUCAUGUUUUAAAAUAUCAUGUCUUUUUAUUAUUAUCACAUUUUGUUAUACUAUUAUUCAUGAAUUUAUAGUUAUUGAAGAUGAAGGAAAGCCAUUUUUCAAAAAUUUUUUGAAUGCAUUUUAUAUUAUAACAACUAUAAGUAAAAAUCAACAAGAUCAAAAUUCAUUAAUUUUAGUUAUCUUUCAAAUAGGAGGAACUUCUUUAUUUUUUUCAUUAAUAUUAACAACAUCCAAAGUAUUUAUCACUGCUAUUAAAUAUUAUGAAGAAAAUUUAGAAAUUUUUGAGGAAUCAUUUUAUUAUAUACUUUCAAUUCCUUACAAAUUUUAUGACUUCAUACAAAAAUUUGUUAUGUAUUUUCUCCAAGAAAAUGAUUAUAAACAAAAAAUUAUAGAAAAUGAUGAUAAUAAUAUUUUAAAAAAUCAUAAUUUAACAUCAAAUAAUAUAUUGAUAGGUGGCGCAAAUUCAACACUUUCCUCAUCAAGAAAGAGUUCUUUAAGAUUAUCUCAAAAACCUUAUGAUAGUUUACAUGAAGAGGAAGAAGAGGAAGAAGAAUAA